AUGACCCCAGAGGCCCCGCCCCCAGAGGCCCCAGCUCCCACACGCCUGCAGCUGAUUGGUCCACGUGCACCUGCGGCUCUCAGCAGCACCUGUGCUCUUCCCAGCAGCGCUGAGAGCGGCCAGCCACAAGCAGAGACUCCUGUCUGCUUGAUCACUCUGACCACCUGCCUGAUCGUCCUUACCGCCUGCCUGACCACCUGCCUGAUCGUCCUUACCGCCUGCCUGACCACCUGCCUGACCGCCUGCCUGACCACCUGCCUGACCGCCUGCCCGAUCGUCCUUACCGCCUGCCUGACCGCCUGCCUGACCACCUGCCUGACCGCCUGCCUGACCACCUGCCUGACCGAGGACGGGGGCCAGGGAUUCCAGGAGUUUCUGUCAGUAGCGUCGAGACUGCAGACCCUGCCCUUCGCCCUCUGCAGCGAGCCAGAGGUCUGGCAGCUCUACAACAUCACAGGAGACACCGUGUCCAUCUUCAGACAGACAGACAGUCAUCAGGAGAACCUGCAGCUCCAGGAAAGAAUGAAGAUCGACUCUGAUGGUCUGACCAGGUUCAUCCGCACCAACGAGCUCUACUACCUCACUGAGUACAAUGACAUGACAGCAGUGGGCCUGUUCAGCUCCCCGGUCAGAGCUCACCUGCUGCUCCUGGCGGACAAGCGCAGUGCCGGGUUUGCCCAGCUGAGGGAGCUCCUGAGGGCGCUGGCACCGCAGUACAGAGGACAGUUACUCUUCGUGCUGAUAGAUGGAGCUGUCAGUUCCAACAGGCGCUCACUGGAGUACUUUGGGCUGAAGUCACAUGACCUCCCUGCAGUGGGCCUGUAUGACACCCAGACAGACAGGAAGUGGCUCAUGCAGGCACAGGAAGUCACCACUGAGCACGUGCAGGAGUUCUGUUACUCGUACCUGAGAGGGGAUCUGCAGGAGCAGAAUGAUCCUCCAACAUCCGCGGCAACCCACAGCAAAUCUGAGCUGUAGUUUUGUAAAGGGGACAGAGAGCAUAUUCUGAUCCGUUAUCUAUAGUCUGGGCUGUGAACUAUAUUCUGAGCUGUUAUCUGUAAUCUGAGCUGUACAUUGUAGUCUGGACUGUAAACUGUAAUCUGAUCUGUAAACUGUUGUUUGGGCUGUAAUCUGUAAUCUGUAGUCUAAACUGUACACCAUAGUCUGAGCUGUAACCUGCAGUCUAAACUCUACACUUUGGUCUGGGCUGUAAUCUGUAGUCUGUGUGUUCAAGGUUGUAGCCUGUAGACUGAGAUGUAGUCCAUGCUGUGAUCUGGAAUCCGAGAUGUAGCCUACAGGCUAUUGACCGCACAACGCAGAAUGGACUUCUGCCCCAUUGAGAAGGUCUGAUAUGACAACAUGAGGUAAUAAAUCUCACACCUGGUGAA